GCUACGGCUUCAUGGCCAGCAAGCAAGUCAUGACGCGGAUACGGGAGUGGAACGGCGGCACCGCUACGCUCUUCAACAUGUCUGGCUACGAGAACCUGUUCAACGCGACCGUUCAGAACCAAGCGUACGCCCCGGCAGUGCAGCAAGGCAUUCCUAGGGCUCGGGCACUUGCAGUGAGGAUGGACAACGAAUCGUUGAGGAUGAAGCUCGCCGUCAUCCAAGCCCUCGAAGACUCGACGAUGUUCCAACGUAGAGCGCUAAUGUUGGAGAUCUCUGAUCUCAUCAGCAAAGUCAGUGGGCAGCUAUACAUCUUCACGCACGAAGUUGAGAACAUCAAGGCUGGCGUGGAAAACAUGACCAGCAUAUUGCUUACCCAAGGAAAUAACCUGCCUGUACAUUCCGAGCCUACAAAGUGUCGUCUUCGGUAUAUACUCAGGAGCACUUGGUCCAUCAUGAGCUUCAUGGUGUUCCUGUGCCUAAGCAUGGGCGGCAUGAUGACGGGCUUCAUUCUGGGCUACGCCAACCACAACGACCGCGCCUCUCCCAUGGACCGCAACAGGCUUUCCAACAUCGGGGGCCAUUUUCUUGUACUCACGAGCUACUGCAUGCUGUUCGGCGUCACGGGCAUGCUGUUCUUCUCGGGCGUGUUCAUGCUCUUGGGCAGCAUCGGAGACCUGUACCUGUGCCGUGCCACACGAGGAUACGAGCGCUCUAGCGAGGGCCAGCUCAAGGACCUGGCUGUCUCCCUUGUGAUGAAUGCCACCGUCAACCGCUACCACGUCCUCAAGCUGCUAAGAUACAGCACAAUAGAGAAGCAUUGUGUGGAACACCAGGGCAUAGCCGGUCUGGCUGGCAUUCACCCAUCGGCUCUCAAGACGGCCUUCGACAACAUUGUGCUCACCCAGUACGACCUGGCGAACCACUUCUCGAUAAAUGUAGAUAUGCUGAUAGACGAAAUGAAUCAUCGCAUGAUAGUUCUGGGGGAGUUUGACAACAUCACUACGAUCUUGAAGUCGCCCCCAUCGGAAUGCGGCUGGUGCGGCCGGGGUUGA